UUGUUAGAAAUACUAAUUAAAAGUAUAUCAAACAGUAGACAACAACAACAACAAAAUGUUUAAAUUUUUGUUAAUUACUUUACUUGUCAUCCAAGUCUAUGGCAAGCCGUGGGACCCAAUACCCAAUGGUCCGGAAUGGUUACUUCGGCACAAACUGUUGAUCGACCAGACAAUUAUACACAAAACAGAGGAACAGAUCGUAUUUGUUGGCGACUCAAUCACCGAUUUCUGGACACUUGGUCAGGGCCGGGAUGUUUGGGCCAAAUACUAUGCUAAUAGACAUGCAUUCAACUACGGAAUCUCUGGCGAUCGCACCGAAAAUGUUGUCUACAGAAUCCAGAAUAAAGAGUUUGAUGGACUUAAACCAAAAGUCACUGUCGUUAUGAUUGGAACUAAUAACAUACCACUUAAGGAAAGCACCGAAGAUAUUGCUAAAGGCGUAGAAGAGAUAGUCAGAGAACUGUUGGCUAAAAUGCCCGAAACUAAGGUUAUACUGUUGGGUGUAUUGCCUCGAGGACUGCCAUUAGGAAACAUAUGCAAAGAACUAAAUACAUUGAUCAAGAAGUUGGACAAUCAGAAGAACGUGUUCUGGUUGGACAUGUGGUCGGCCUUCGAGGGAACGGACGGUGAUGUCAAACACGAACUCUUCAAUUUGGAUAAACUUCAUCCCAAUCACGAGGGUUAUGUCGUUUGGCAGAAAACUAUGGAACCAUUGCUCCAGAAGUUACUUCAAUAAUCAUAUGAUUGAUUGAAUUUUUAU